AUGAGCUCCCCGUCGUCGUCGACAUGGUAUCAAGGCUGGGAACGGAGGAGAAGCUCGUCACCCAGCCUUGGUGGUACAGUGUUGGAUGGGUCGUUGAGCAGGGUGCCAUCGACCAGCGGCGCCUUGAUUCGAAACCCUAAAGGCAAUUCUCCUAGGGGAGUUAGCAACCGAACUCCUGAGAUCAAAGUUUGGAAAUGGAGAAGACGGUCUAGGAAGACUGGAAGCGGGAGCCUUGACAAUGACGCGCCUACAGUUUCACCAAAGACGAACUCAAACCCACCACAGCAGCAACCACCGGCGUCAAGCACCACGCCUAGUUCUCCACAGAGCCGCUUUCGCACCGAGGAGGCCCAUAUCCUUGCCCUCCAAAGCCCAGGCGUACAACUAAUGACCAGCACCAGCCUAGUGGAAAGCGAGUGGCUCGCACCGAAACAUAGCCUUCAGACGCCUAGGCUGUUAGACCCAUAUCCAGCCCAAGCCACCCCAGAUGUUCCUACUGAGUCCCGCGGUUCUCCUGGGUUUCUCUCCAAGAGAGGCAUCAGCGCGUUGUCUGUCUUGCAGAAGACAAAGGACGUAAGCUGCGAAGUGCCCACUACACACUACACAAGUAAAUAUAUGCUGACGUCAACCGAACAUAAUAGAAAGCAAAGAAAUACUCUUCAUCGGGACCAGCAAGUGAACGUCGCUCCGACCCUAUUCCAGAUUUAUCGAAAGAUGGCUCGAUUGUGCUCGCCAGGCGGAACAGUGGUGAACUGGAAUUAA